AUGAAGAACGCCGUGUCAAAGAAACUCGCAAUGUUGGAGAAUAUCCCAAUCAAGUCAAUUUUAUCUACCAUAUGGAACGAUCCCUGGGAACGCAUCGCUGCCUCUGCUGGCGUCGUAGCCACCUACCUCCUGAUGGUAGCAUCUCUGCGCUUCCAACGACUGCGUUCCGUCAAGCGUCAAUAUCGCAGAUAUGCUCGCCGUGAGGAUAUGGCGAACAUGACUAUCCACGAUGCAUGGGCGAUUCAGAAACAUAUGCUCCAACUGGAGUUCCCGUCCGCCGGGCUGAAGGCGCUACAGUUUGCACUGUUUCGAACUUACGGCAUCCCAUCCAUAUCCUCCCUGCUCCACAAAACAUCCCAGUUCUCAAACACAUCUACAUCCUUCAAGCGGUACGCCGACACUGGCGCCCUGAUCGGUCAAUUCAUGGCCUUUGAGCCGACCUCCGACCGCGCCAUCACCGCUAUUGCUCGCACAAGAUUCCUACACAUCGGGUACCGGAACAGUGGCAAAAUCCUGGAAGACGACAUGCUGUACACGCUGAGUCUGUUUGCUCUCGAGCCGAUCCGCUUCGUGGAUCUGUUCGAGUGGCGCAGUAUGAGCGACCUAGAGCGUUGCGCGAUUGGAACGUACUGGAAGUACCUUGGCGAUGCUCUGGGGAUUAGCUAUGACCAGCUACCGUCAGGCAAGACAGGAUUCUACGAUGGGUUGCAUUUUCUGCAGGAGAUUGGUAAAUGGAGCCGGAAGUAUGAGGAGGAUAAUAUGAAGCCGAACGUGGUGAAUAAGGAGGUAGCAGAUCGGACGAUGGAUGUGUUGGUCUAUCCAUUGCCAAGGGUAUUGAAGAAUUUCGGGAUUCGAAUCGCGUCAUGUACGAUGGAUGAUCGGUUGAGGGAGGCAAUGAUGUAUGAGCGACCAUCCUGGAUUUAUCGAUUCAUUUUCUCGUCUCUCAUGGGCACGCGGAAAUUCUUCCUUCGACGUCUAUCGCUUCCUCGUCCGUAUUUCCUCCGCUCGGAUGUUUUCACCGACGAGCCGAAUGAGUAUGGUCGCUUUUAUGUGCGCAUCUGGGUCGCUGCGCCGUACUAUGUGCAGCCUACCUUCCUCAAUCGAUGGGGACCGGGAUCGUGGAUUAGUCGGAUGCUGGGGUUGCCGUUGCCCGGGGAUGAGGGCGAUAAAUACUAUCCAAACGGAUAUGACACGGCAGAUCUAGGACCGAAGUGUUUCGAAGGAAAGGGGCGAAAGACAGUGCAGGACAUCAAAGAUGAACUGUGGAGGCAGACGAAAAAGCGGCCGUUUGAGGCGGAUGUAUAG